CCUAUUGAGUGUAUGUAAUGGGCUAGUGGCUUAGAUAGACCCAUUUAUUUAAAAAAGCCCAAUAAGUAUAACUGAGCUCAUUUGCAGCAGAUCUGUCUGAGGGGAUCGAGACGACGAAACGGUUUCGUUGAUGUUUGUGAAAAAAACCCUAAACCCCUCAAAAUUCGCGAGGAGAAGAAAAUGAAUGGUCUUUCUCGUCAUCUUCGAGCUUCUUCACUUCCUUCGUUGAUUCGCGGCUAUGGUGGAAUCAAGUCUAUCUGUCGAUUUUCGUCUCAAUCAGAUGGCUUCUCUGGGGGAAGAUUCGGAGAGCAAGGUCCAGUUCAAGGAGACACUGAGAAGAACUCAAACUCACCGAACACGGGAAGAACCGGUUCCUCCUCGGAUCCUGUUUCUUCGUCCUACAAAAGCUUCAGCGAUAUAAAAGCAGGCUUAUCAAACACAGGACGAAACACCUUCAAUUUCAGUGAAAUGAGAUCAGGCUUCUUAAACAAGGCAGGAGACGGGUUCUCUGCUCCUAAUGCUCUUCCCACCUUCAGAAACGCGACGAGACCACGCUUCCCAAACGCCUUACCUGACCAGUUCAGCCAGAUGAAUCCAAACGUACCAAGCACAGGAGGAAGCGGGUUCUCUGCUCCUGGUGGUGCAGCGUCGAGCUACGAGAACUUCACUCAGUCUAACCUCUUCAAGGAUACUUCCACCACCGGAGGGAUUUCGAAAGACCUGGACUACGUCAGAACAGUACUGGAGGACGACGAAGGACGGAGAACCUCGGGGCUGUUCUCUCAUUUCCAGCGCCCGAACCUCGAAACGAACGCCGACAUCAUUCACAUCAAGAUGCUGCGGAACAACACGUUCGUCACCGUCACUGAUUCCAAAGGAAACGUCAAGUGCAAGGCUACGUCGGGUAGUUUGCCUGACCUGAAAGGCGGACGGAAGAUGACGAGUUACACUGCUGACGCGACCGCCGAGAACAUUGGGAGGAGAGCUAAGGCUAUGGGGAUGAAGUCUGUGGUGGUUAAGGUCAAUGGGUUUACGCAUUUCAAGAAGAAGAGAAACGCUAUUCUCGCGUUUAGAAACGGUUACUCGAGUACUAAGACUCUGAAUCCUAUAGUGUACAUCGAGGAUACGACUAGGAAAGCUCAUAAUGGUUGCAGAUUGCCAAGGAAACGUCGUGUGUGAAACAAAAUGGGAAAACGUUCUUUAUUGCUUCUUCUUCUUCUUCUCUGCAACAUAUCUCGCAGGUUUUCUCUAUGGUUUAUUGUAAGAAACCUUUUGUUUUUGCAAAUUGUCUUUGUGUUGGUUACGUUUUUCAAUCCGAGGAAAAUCGGGUUUGAACCCGAUCUCUCACAUUGGACCAAAGGGAUUUGAUUAAUAAACCGGUCUGUUUUUUUUUUCUGAUUGUU